AGAGCAUAUGCAUCCCGCGCACAAUUUUUGGCGCUAGUGUUUCCCGCAUUUUCCCUCCUAAACUGACUUGACCCCUCUUUAAUUCGGAUCUUCUCUCCAUCUAUAACCUUAUUAUGCUGCCCAUACUCGUCAUCUUGAAAACUCAUCAAUCAAUUCAAAAACGCAGUGCAAAUCAUUCUUGUCAAGACAGCAAUAGUUCAUCAGAUUUCAUCUAUGGCUUCAGUGAAAGGAACAGCAGAAGAAGAAGUGAAGCAAUCUGCACAUGGUAAGGAGGGGGAGGAGAGGCCAAAAGAUGCGGAAUCUGGGGAAGAAGAAGACGAUCGCCCUGCUGAAGAAGGAUCAGACGAUAGUCAAGCUGCAAAGUCUGAAGAAGAAGAAGACGAUGAUGAUGUAAAGGGGGGAAAGGGAGGAGGAGGUGUGAGCAAGAAGAGAGGCGCCCACAAGAAAACGGAAGCAUCGUCAUCCCCAGCAACACCCAGUACGAGUACGAGGCCUACCAGGGAUAGGAAGACAGUGGAUCGCUUCUACGUGUCUUCUCCCCCAAUUUCUGCUGCCCCGAAAUCUCUUUCCAUUGAGAAGGGUCGAGGAAUGCAGCUCAAGGACAUCCCAAAUGUGGCUUAUAAGUUAUCCAAGAGGAAACCUGAUGAGAACCUACAGAUACUCCACAGCAUUCUUUAUGGAAAGAAAGCAAAGGCACGCAACUUGAAGAAAAAUAUAGGUGAAUUUUCUGGCUACACUUGGCCUGAUGAUGAGCAUGAAAAGCAGAAGGGAAAGGUCCGAGAUAGGCUUGACAAGUGUGUGAAAGAAAAGUUGCUAGACUUUUGUGAUAUCCUCAAUGUUGCCUCCAUUAAAUCUUCAUCAAAGAAGGAAGAGCUUACUGUGAGGUUGUUAGAAUUUUUGGAAUCUCCUCAUAGCACAACAGAUCAGUUGCUCGCUGAGAAGGAAAAGAAAAGAAAAAGUCGAAGGAGCAGGGUAAAAAAAACUAAACGAUCUACCAAUGAAACUGCAGAAAAAGCUGCAAAGAAAAAGAAAAGCCCAGUUGGAAAGAAGCGGAAGCAAUCAUCAGAAAUCAGCGAAGAUGCUGAAAGUAGCUCCCCUGGCGAUGAGUCUGAGGAGGAGGAGGAAGAUGCAAAGAAAGAAAGCGAUAAUGAAGGGACAGUUUCCGAUGACACGGAACAAGAAGAGGACAAAGAAGAAUCCUCCAUGAAAGAUCAUGACGAAAAGAUCACUCCAGAGAAAGGCUCCGGGGAUACGGAUAUCCUUGUCAAACCUUCCAAAACCUCGGAUAAACCCACCAAAGUUGCUGCUCCAUUAAUUGAUCCUGAGGCACAUGUUUCUAAGAAAAGGAAGGCUGAAAAAGAUAGUGAAGGGGAUGACAAAAAUGCAUCUGCAGCUGAAAAGGCUUCUUCUUCUGAAAAGAAGCUGCCAGAGAAACCAAAAAAAGGGAAGGUUAAAAAAUCAGAGCCCAACAAAGAAGAGAUAUAUGCUGCUGUGGUGAACAUUCUGAAGGGUGCAGAUUUUGAAAAGGCAACCGUAAAUGAUAUCAUCCGGCAACUAGGGUCCCACUUCGAAGUGGAUUUCAAGCCCAGAAAAGCAGAGGUGAAGGCUAUAAUUACCGAAGCAAUAACUAACAUGAGUGGGGAUGAAGAGGAGGAUGAAGAUCAGGGAGGUGAGGAUUAAGUUAUAAAAAUGCAUCACCCAUGGAAUCAUUAUUCAUACAGCUCACUCUGUUGGUGCUGUGAUCUUCAAAGGGAUGCAUGAACAAUGGGCAACUGGGGCAGUUCCUGAUCCGAAGCUAAUAUAGCUUGUAUAGGUUGCUUUGUAUGGGUUGUUGCUGAAUUUUAUCAUGUUUUCUUUACUUAUGACAACUAUUCGAAGUACGUUUAUGAAGAAGUCUUUUAGACACUAAACUACCUCUGGCAGCAGAAUUUGGCUGCCAACCUUUCCAAACUGAACUGAACUAGAUAAUAUAUUUGUGAUUUUCUUGUAGAU